CGGACCCUUGGGGAAGCCGGGGAACAGUCGCACAGUCAGUCGCAUUCGGGCCGCGGUGGAGGAAUCAUCGCGGUUCUACGCCAACGACUAUUAUAACAAGACUGAUUAUUUAUUAUGGACUUGUGACUAUUAUCGUGAAUUAAAUUGUGUAUGAACUUGUGUUAAAAAUGUGGGGGGAAAGCAGUAAGAAUUGUGAGAUGAACUGCCAGUGUUCAGGGCUGAUAACAGAAAACUUCAAAAUCAACUCGGGGAACAGCGGCAAGAAGCGCAAACAGAGUGAAUCUUUAUCAGCAAACUUCAAACUGAAAAUGAACCCGCACUCAUUAGACUUCAAUACAAAACAAUCACCGCACAGUUCACCUAUAGCUACACCUAAGCGAAGAGUGCUCGGUGAAUUACAAAAUUCACCUUUAUACAGACCGAUGAACUCACCUAUUAUAGAAAGGAUAACAUCACCAACGAUCGAAAGACUUAAAAGUUCACCUUUAGAACGAAAGUCACCUUUAAUCGAUCGUACAUUAUCACCUUUAACAAGUCGUACGGACAGAGUUAAAAGAAGUUCAGCUAAGAUUACUAGAAUGUUCGAAGAGCGGACUAAAUUUAAAAUGUCCAACAAAGAGAACCAGAGUCCUUUAAUGAGUGAGACGUUCAUGAAGUUAGAUAUGGAGGAAGAAACUAGAGAUUGUUCUUUCGGAGAGACUUUCCAAUCUUUGACGUGUACUGAGAAAGUUAAUAAUUGGUCUACAGUUAAGUUCGACUUCACAGAUGCAUUACCACAAAAAUCUUAUGAAAACAAACUGAACGACAUAUAUGUACCAGAAAAAGAUAUAGAACCUGAUUUGGAUACAGGUUUCGAAACAUUACACGAUUUAGAAGAAGAAUUUGAGGCAGAUAACUUCGAUCAAUGCUCCAAAUAUGAGAUAAUAUCAACAGACAGUCCGGAUAUUAUAUCAAAAGGAAGAUCAUCAACGAGAAAAAUCAGUUCAAAAGAUUUUGUAUUCGGUGCACCAUUAGCUGAUAAUGAAGCGUCAACAUCAUUCAACAAACCAAAUGUAAACGCAACCAGAAUGCUUAAUUUCGAAGACGAACCAUUCGAAUUUACAUCACCGGCUACAAAAAGAUCAACUAUAUCGGUGAAGAAAUCAUUAAAAUUCAAUGAAACACCAACAAAAAGUGAUAACACUUGUUCAUCAUCACCGUGUACUAAAGUUAGAUUCCCAUCUGAAUCUACAGCAUCAAUGGAAAGUGGUUUCGUAUCAGAAUUCGAGGAACCAUUCCUUGAACUAGAUGAUAUAUCAAAUUCACCUAAAAUGCCUAAUUUUAAUGAACUAUUAUCAGGAACUAUAAAAGAAAACAUUAUAAUAAAUACAGAAUAUCAAAAGAAACCAAUAAUUAAUCGGAGUAUGAGUUUAAAUUCUAAAGCUAGGGUUUCACUGUUCUCUAUAUCUGAAUCACCGGUAAAUAAAUCACAGAAACGUACCGAAGUUAAUGAAUUAGAAAAUGGCUGCAAUAAAAGAAGGAAAUCAAACUGCGGAAGUCCACAAAUAGAAAGACAAAGACCAGUACUGCAACGGGCUUAUUCUGAAAAUAAUGCAUCCAUUAUGUCUGCGCUUGCAAGAUCGGUACUGGAGCCAGAUCUGAUCGGAGACUUCUCUCUACCAUUCGCUUUGCCGCUGACAAAUGGCGACCACGCGGACCUCAAGUCAAUAUCCUGUGACACACUCGCAGCACUACUCCGGGGAGAAUUUCACACAUCUAUUAGUCAAUACCAGGUAAUAGAUUGUCGUUAUCCAUACGAAUUUGACGGCGGUCACAUUCUGGGUGCUGUCAAUUUGUACACUCCUGAACAAAUAUUGACAUUAGUGAAUGAACCACUGCCAAAGUCAGGAGAUAAAAGGAGUAUUUUAAUAUUCCACUGCGAAUUCUCAUUGGAAAGAGGGCCUAAGUUAUCUCGCUUCCUACGUUCAAAUGACAGAGCAAAGAAUCAAGAGAACUAUCCGUCACUUCACUACCCCGAGAUAUAUCUCUUACAUGAGGGAUACCGCGCCUUCUACAAGCGCUACCCCGCGCUCUGCUCAGCAGGGUACACCGCCAUGUUGGAUCCAAACCAUCGUCACCAGCUGCGUCAGCAUCGUGCCCUCAGUCUACCUGCAGCCGCUGUACACAGACGGCACAGGCACAACUGAUGUCUACUUUAAAGUGAUAACUAGUGAUAAAAGACCAAUAAAGUGGAAAAUAGUGUAUCAAAUUUCUAAAUGUGUAUGCAAUUUAGUGUAAUGUUGGACCAAUAUUGUGCAAAAUAGUGUAUUAGACCAAUUAUGUGUUAACAUCGAUGAAAUUUAGUGUAUAACGAAAUAAUCUAUGCAAAGGUUUCAAAGUAAGUGUUUUAUUAUCUAAAAAUUUGAUUAGAAACAUGAUUUGUUUAUGGUCUACUCGAAAGACCGUUUAAAAAAAUAACUAUAAACCACUGUAUAGUCCAUCUUAAGCGUAGAAAAGGUUAGUCUACUGAAAAGAACACGGUCUACUCAAAAGACCGUUUGAAAAAAAUAACUAUAAACCACUGUAUAGUCCAUCUUAAGCGUAGAAAAGGUUAGUCUACUGAAAAGGACACGGUCUACUCAAAAGACCGUGGUCUACUCAGUAGACCAUGAAGACGGCGACAGUUAUUCUGUUGAGAAUUCAGUAUAAUACAUAAAUUAUGACUAUUUUGUCUUAAUUGACAAGAAUUUCGUAUUGACAAAGUACUGAUAUUUUUUUUUUAUAAA